AUGCUGCUGUCAACGCUAGCAGGCAGGAACCAGGACUGCCUGUUGUCAGUGACGUGGGUCGGGCUGGAGGAGCAGUCCCACAGGGACCUGCUUGCCUUAGAGCUGGGCUCUGGCACUGGACAGCAUGUGGUACACUUUGCCAUGGAGAUGUCCUUCGUCACCUGGCAACCGUCAGCCCUCAAAGAAGAGUCCCUUGAAAGUAUCAGAGCUUAUACUGUAGCAACAAAGGUCAAGACUGUACUGCAGCCUGUGCACCUGGAUGCUCAUGAGCCCUGGGAGAAAUGGGCGGGCCUUCCACAAAACUCCUGUGAUGUCAUUGUUGCCAUAAACUUACUGCAAUGUAGCCCGUUCAAAACUGCCCAAGGUGUAUUCAAAGAAGCAGGUCAGAUACUCCAACAGAACGGUUUCUUCAUAAUGUAUGGGGUAUGUUAUAGAGCUAAGAACUACGAGAAAUGCCUCUGUUGCUCCCCAUACGGGAACCCAGAGUGGGGUCUCCCAGACAAACGUGCUGAGAGACAGCUGGCUUAUAGGAACGCUCUGCGUCUAGAGAGGAUGGAGAGUAGUCUCGAGUCAGUUUGA